GAUGCAACUGACAGGCGGCAGCGUUUCUUGAAUCAAACCCAGCUUCGUUCACAUUUAAAAUUCAGUCUUAAAUCGUGAAUCAUUUUCUUCACCCCCCCCCGUCAGCCGCCGGUAGUUUGAACCGCUUCGACCCGGUGCUACCCGGUUGUUUUGUUCGCGGGUCAGCGUGUUGUCGGAGGUCAGCGGGUCUCCAGGUGAAACCAGCACGCCGUACAGAUGCUUUCCCCAAGCAGGACCGUCUCCUCCCGGCUCUUCAGGCCGGUGUCGUGGAUCCCUCUCCGGCUGGGCUCCGACCGGAGAGCCGCUAGCACAGCACAGAAAGUGUUGAUAAAGAAGCAUGAACUGGAGAAAGAUGAGCCCCGCCCCCUCUACAUGGACUUCCAGGCCACUACGCCCAUGGACCCCCGCGUACUGGAUGCCAUGUUGCCCUACCAGGUGAAUUACUAUGGUAACCCUCACUCCAGGACACACGCCUACGGCUGGGAGAGUGAGAGCGCCAUGGAGACGGCCAGGAAGCAGGUGGCUGAUCUGAUUGGAGCAGAUCCCAGAGAGAUCAUCUUCACCAGUGGAGCCACCGAGUCCAACAACAUGGCUAUCAAGGGCGUGGCCAGGUUCUACCAGGCCAAGAAGCGCCAUGUGAUCACCACCCAGACUGAACAUAAAUGUGUUCUGGACUCGUGUCGGGUUCUGGAGUCCGAAGGAUUCAGCAUCACAUACCUGCCGGUCCAGACGAACGGACUGCUGGACCUGGAGCUGUUGGAGGCCUCCAUCCGCCCUGACACCUCUCUCUUGUCGGUGAUGACCAUCAACAACGAGAUCGGAGUGAGACAGCCCAUCGAGGAGAUCGGUCAGAUUUGUCGUUCUAAAGGAGUCUUCUUUCACACUGAUGCUGCUCAGGCUGUCGGAAAGAUUCCCCUCAACGUCACCGACUGUAAGAUUGAUCUGAUGUCCAUCAGCGGCCACAAGAUCUACGGACCCAAAGGUGUGGGUGCUUUGUACGUGCGCCGCCGGCCCCGAGUGCGUAUGGAGCCGAUUCAGAACGGAGGCGGGCAGGAGAGGGGGCUGCGCUCCGGCACUGUCCCCACUCCGCUGGCUGUUGGGCUGGGAGCCGCUUGCAGCAUCGCCCAGCACGAGAUGGAGUACGACCAUAACAGAGUUUCCAUGCUGGCUAAUCGUUUGGUCCAGAAGAUCAUGGCUGGGCUUCCGGACGUCAUCAUGAAUGGAGAUCCAGUACGACGCUACCCUGGCUGUGUCAACCUGUCCUUUGCCUAUGUGGAGGGAGAGAGUCUGUUGAUGGCGCUGAAGGAUGUCGCUCUGUCAUCUGGGAGUGCCUGUACAUCAGCGUCUCUGGAGCCAUCAUACGUCCUCAGAGCGAUCGGAGCGGAUGAAGACCUGGCUCACUCUUCCAUCAGGUUUGGUAUUGGCAGGUUCACCACUGAAGAAGAGGUGGACUACACAGCAGAAAAAUGCAUCCACCAGGUCAGCAGACUCCGAGAGAUGAGUCCUCUGUGGGAGAUGGUUCAAGAAGGCAUCGAUCUGAAGAGCAUCAAGUGGACUCAGCACUAGACUCCUCCCGCUUCCGGUUUACUUCCUGGCUGACAACGACAACGACAACGACGACGAUGAUUCCCAGAGAAUUCUGGGAACGGACCAGCUUUCCCUUCCUGUAUACAAACACGCACAAACUUCCUGCCCGACUUGAAGUCUUGUUUGUAGCUGUAGCUCUCUGUCUCUGUAGAAGCUCCCCAGGUUGCUCUGUCAGGAGAUGUUGCUCAGAGAGUUGACCAACACAUAGACACUUCUGCUUGUUGUAUUCAUUCUGUUGUACCUCAGUUAGCUAACAAGCAGAAGCAGUGACACCAGAGUCCUGUAUCUGAACUCUUAAGAGAGACAGGCAACGACCCAAGUGACAAGAAACACAAUGAGAUCAGUUCUUGCGUCACCAGGGAUGCUGAUGGGUAACUAAAGGCAGCAGACCUAAAUUUACUGAGUCGAUUUGAUGAUUCACUAAUAAUCGUAUGAAUCAGACCUCUUCACUUUCACAUUCUGUCUCCUGCUGUUCACAGGUGAUGCACUGUCCUCCCUCGCUCACUCAAAACUCACCCAGACACGCAGUUUUUCUUCUCACAUGAGUUUUCAGUACUCCGUAAACAGCAGCAUUAUGUCAGUGUUAGCAGCCGCGGUUUGAUUAAUUUCUUUAAGCCUGGGACACUCUGUAAGACUGUAGCCGUGAUUUGACAGCUGAAUUUUUAAGAUGGCGGAGAAUAAAACCAACUCAGUGUCACGUACAAUGUUGACGAGAAUCUGAAGGUGAUCUUGAAAGUAUCGUGUUCCUGGAUGUAGUCAGCUGAGCCUAUACACAUCAUAUUUAUUAGACUCCUGCAUCUAUUGUCUUCUACUGUUACGCUCAUUAUUAUCCAAAUAAAGUGCUGCUUCGUGAUUAUGCAAUAAACUUAAGUUUUGUUCUAA